GAUUAUUUAUAAACUACCUGGGCACAGUUUUGUGUCUCCAGCGAAAUUCAGUAAGAUAGAAGAAAAAAUUAAAAAAGAAAAACAAACUUGCUUACAAUGGAUGAAACAGAUGAAGCUAGAAGCUUUGACGGAGAUCAAUCUGCUCCUGAAGCAAAGGAAAUUUACCUUUUGAUGAAGAAAGAAUACAGGAUAUCACGAAACAUCCGAGCAACAUGGUAUUUCAACCAUUUAAAUACCACAAUGACUUUUGUACCUCCUGUAAGCCUUUCUGAUUUAUCAUCAGAAGAACUGAUAGUAUUGUCUGUGAUCCCAGAGAAAAGCUAUGUCACCUUCCAGCCAGGCAAAGAACAUUCUUUCAAGCUUACCACACGCACCAAAGUGAUUUUCAUGUCCACACAGUAUAGAAUUGCAUUCGCCCUGGAUCUAAGCCCGUCUGUGUCCUCUUUGGAUUUAUGUUCAGGUCGAGUACUGUGGGAUGAUGUUUACACUUCUUUGAAGAACUGUCUUACUGGUUUAGUACAGCCUUUUUGUUCACCUGGCUCAGAUCUAGCUCUGACUCCAUCUCUUUAUGUGACAGUUGUUGCUUACACACCAUUAAUUGCAUGUCGCAAUAAUUUCGUCUUAUGUCAAGGAGUAUUGGUUACAAGAAAAAACUUAAAAACCAUUCUUGGUGAAUUACAUCGAAUGCUCAAGGAGUUUGAGAAUGCUGUUUCAAAACAUUUUGCAUCAUUAGUAACUCUUCAAAUGAAUUCUCAUGAGCUUAGUGAAGUUGCCUCUUUGAAUGACAUACCGUCUGUUGACACAAGAAGCCGCAGAUCAAAAUUGGAUGAGCAGAAAGUUGAAGAACUUAUAUCCAAACCUGAACACGGUUUUGUUAAUGUUCUCAGGUUUGGUAUUUUGGCUCUACAGCUGUUACCAGAAAAUGCAUCAGCAGGUAUUGCAGUUGUCACUGAUGGAAUGGUUGGCCUUCCAGAUGCCAGUAUGUUUGAAGCUCUUGUUGCACAGCUCCGUAACAGUACCAUCGCAUGUUCAUUUUUGCACAUUGGAUGCAGUCACCACAGUAACUUGUCCUUUGGACGGGUUCCACAUACAGAGCUGAUGAAAUUUAUUGCUACUGCCACAUUUGGAGGUUAUUUUGCAGUGUCACCUAGUGUUAAAAACUCUGGAAAUGAAUUGAAUGUUUACCACAAAGCAUUUUUCCUGUGGAGCUUUCAGAAAGGUUUAACAGGAUUUGAAGUUCCAGAUACUGGUUUGAAUUGCAGACAAGAUCAUACAUCAGGGCGGCCUUCUUGGGUUGGCAGGCUUUUGACCCAUCCAGUUACGAAUCAAGAAAUCAAUGUUGCACCAAUGGUAAGGAAAAAGCACAAAGAGGUCAAUCUCCAAACCACUAUAUCUGGAGUGCUGUCAUUACGGUUGCGAGAAGGUUAUACAAUCAAAGAGGUGAACCUAAUUAAAGGUGAAAGCCAAAUUGAAGUUCGUCUUUUGUUACCAUGGAGGGAAUAUGCUCGCAUUGAAUACAUUGCUACAGCAUCAUGGCCUUUGUCUCCCAACAAGCGUUACACUCGUGUAGAAAUAAUAAUUGAAGGCAGCUAUGAUUUUCUUCAUGAGAUGACUUGUACUGACAAACGCCCUUCCAAAAGUCCAUUCCGCACUGCUCAUGUCAAAAAAUACUGGCAAUCUUUACAAAACUUGAUGCAAACAGACCAACUAUUGGUUCAUCUUCAUUCUUUUUCCUCCAAUGCUGUAAAUUACACUGUUCCAAAAACACUAAAGAAUGGAUUGCCACUUCUACCAGCAGAAUAUUCUUUACAGCAAGAUCCCAGUUUAAAUGAGCUGAUAAAAUUCUGGAAUCCAAUUGCCAGCUUAGACAUCAAUAUAUGGCAAAAAUGGAUGCACACACAUCGAAUCGGUAUCAUAUUGCGGCAUGAUACUCCUCUGAAAAAGUACCUGCACACUCCAAAUUCCAACGGCUACUUCCAGUCUGUACACUGUUAUAAAGCUAUGACUGCAUUGAACAACAUGUUGAAACACUGGUGCACAUUUGUCUUGAUGGAGAAUCACUCUAACCUCACAUACAUGUACAUAAAAUUUAAUAACAGUGAUUCUGACAAACCUCCAAGCACAUUUUAUAUACUACGUGUAACAUCAAAACCACCUUGUUUGGUGUUGCGGCUUGCAUUCCUUGGUGGAACAGCUGGACAUGAACGGCAUGCAGUUGUAGCCGAACUAAGAGAAGAAAUCCUCAAGUUGAAACUCCCAAGAGGACCUCAUAAAUCCUCUGGCUUGCGGUUAUCUCUUGAAAGGAGAAAACAAGUCCAAGGCAUACCAUUGGAUUUAACCAACCAGAAAGAGGAUGACCUUUCCAGUGCCAAACCAUCCAAAAUGAGUACUCAGCUAAACAGAAAGCAAACCACAGAAGUCAAAUGUUGUGUUGUGUUGAGUAAACCCGUGGAGAAAAUUUUAAUCAGAUAUGAAAGAGUUCCUCAUGAUCUAAGUGUUGUGGACGAUCCAGCUCGUGAGAUUCCUCGUCAUACAUCAGAUGCUGCUGAGAAAGCCAGCCGUUCAGUGGCUGCAAUGUUCAACACAAUGUCACGGUACCUCUACCACAGGCGAUGGAUUUGGAGUAUCCAGCAUGGUCGUGUACCUUUAAUGCCUACACCUAUGGUGGGGCGUAUGUUGUCCACUUUGGCCAAGAUUCGAACUCAGGAAGGUUUCCACUUUGCACUUACAACAAUUGGAAUCGUGAACAUGGUUCUGGAAGUUGAAAUGAAGUCUGACAAUUCUUUCAUUAAACGUACUCCAAGACUUGGCUAUGAAGGAGAGGAUGAGAAUGAUGAAAGCCACACUUCAUCAACAUGUGUUGUACAAUAUAUCUUGUUUCCACCUAAUGCUAAAAACACUCGUGGGAGCAUAUCUGAAGAUGAAAUGGAAGAAUGUGAAUUGGCUGAGUCAGAUGGAGAGUUACAAAUAGUGACAGAAUGUUGGGUGGAACCUCAACAUGGCCUAAGUGUGAACAACCCACUGGAGAGGAAACAUUUGAAUGGAUUGACUUACCAAGAAAUUGCAUCUUCGUUCUACAGCCUGGACUAUGAAACCAUCUCUUGCUUGACCACUUUUGAACAUCUGAUCUAUGUAUGUCAGAGCAAACCAGGACAUAGCUUUGAAAACUCUUCUUUUAAUCCAAGUAACCGUGGUGUAAACUGUUCUGGUUCAGAAAGGUUCCAGCCUAAUGAUCCAACAGAAGAUCCCUACUUGAAUCUUUCAAAUAAUCAUGUUUGCACAAUUCCCUUCCCAUACAAUUUGCUGGUCCUUCUUCCACGUUGCCAACAAGCACAGUUGCUAUUUUCUGCAUAUACUGUCAACCAUUCUGUAUAUCCUGACAAAGAAUGGAAAACACCAAACAAUAUUUUGUUUGAGAUUUUUUUGGCCAAACUGAAAGCAUCUCAUGGUAGAGAAAUCAAACUCUCUCUGAAAGACUGUCAAGAAUUUACAAAAUCCUUGACAAAGCGAAAAACUGAGAGAACCAUGUCAGCUUCUUCUUUAUUCAAUGAAACACAGCAUGAAGAAUCUGAGCCUUCUUGUGAUAAGAAAACUAAUCUAGGUGGACAGGAGGAAGUACCAAAAGAUGCAGGUAAUAAAGAUUCAAUGACUGGUAAGGAUGGCUGCAACAAUGCUGCUCCAACCAAAUGGUGUUGCUUCAUUCAAGACAUUAACCAUUCACAUAUGUUCCUGAUAUUUGUCCCAGCAUCUUUCGAUGAUUUGCUCACUCUGAAAUCCAGCAGCUUCACUGAGACAUUGCAUGAUAAUCUAGAGAUUGUUGCAGUAAAAGAGUGGGAUUUAGAUUGUCAAAAGUUAUCUGAUCAGUUAUCUGAUGAGGUGUUAUCAAGUAAAGAAAGGCUUUCAAAUGAAACAUUGUCAACAACAGAACUGAACCCUCAAAAUAUAAAGAGCCAAAAUUUACCUCAAGGGAUGAGUCAUUCUCCUUUACAGCCAACACAAAUUCAUUCUUUUCCACCACAAUCCCCGGCACAAGUGGACUUUCCUUUAUCUCCUUUAAUAGAGCAGCCAUCUUUGAUUCAAACUUCAGAACAAGGAAAGACCUCGUUAUCUCCUUCUCAGAUAACUAUUUCCUCAAACAAACCAAAUGUUUCUCCAUCUGCAUUGCAUGGUGGUUAUUCUCAACCAUUCCAACAACAAGUACCACCAUUGUUAUCCACUUUAGGACAUGAUAUUCCUUCAACAGACCCACUCAGUGAUAUACCUACUUCAGUGCAUUCUACUGGAGAUAGUUCUUUUAAUUUUCCUCCAGAUGACAUAAAUUUAGAGUAUGAUACUUCCAUGUUCCAAAAGAAAGAAAACUUUGUGAUUCCUGUAUACAUCUAUGAUUGUGCAUUGUCAAGGAUCACCGACUCCCUUGUUCACAAAAGUACUUUUACCCUACCUCCUGAUAUCUAUGAGGACCAUCAGUUCAUCGAAAAUAUUUAUCUAGGAUGUGAGCCCUUCUCUAAAGUAUUUAACAAUUUAGACAUCCAUGAUGACAGUAGUGAAGGGGGUCGUCACAGCACAGCUUCCCUGGAUCGACGUUCUAAUGACAGCACUUCAGACUACCCUGGUGAAUUCAAGAAACAGAAAGAGAAGAUCAUGGAAGUGUUUUAUAGCAGCUAUGUCACAGGAAUUUUCCGAAAUUUGACUGAUCAGCACUACGUAGAUAAAUUGGACAUGGAUGCAGCUGUCAAUAUUUGCGAAGAAUUGUUACCUAUAGAAAUAAACAUUGUGAAUUUCUUACAUGCUACCUGUGGACAUUUUCGACAAGCCAUCACCAAGCUGAAACAGAAUGCAGAGGAAGAUAAUUCAUCUUUUUUAAACACUGGUUCUCCACGUAAAUCAGCUGUCCGAUUCGCAGACAGCAGUGAAAGAAAUAUUGACCAGCCAUUGUUUCAGCUUCCACCAGGCCGAGUACCUGUUCCAGUGGCACCCACAGAGGAAGGUUUCUGUUGUGAAUACAUUUCAGAAUUGCAUCAGAUUAUUCCCACCAAGUUUAAGGAAACGAUGAGUACAUGGUUCUUACCAGUGCCAAAUUGUCCUGGUUACUAUUUCUACUGUCCUAUUCAGUCUGGCUUCAGUGAUAAUGUGCCAUUUGAACAAACCUCUAACUUGUCAGAACAGAAUCAAACAACAAAUGAUUCAAAUGGCAAAGGUUUCACAACUACUGAAGACACAGAUAUCCUUUUGGACUCACCAGGAUCUUUCAAGAUGUCUGAGAAAUUUGAAAAUUCUUGCAAAAAUGUUUCAAGCGAUUCUGAUUCUGACGUCCAGUCUUCAUCAAGCAGUGGCAUGGAAUCAUUUGACUCUGAUGAUAUGAUGUAUCCUCUCUUUGUUUGCUUCACUUGUACCAUUAAACAGAACUCGGAUUUUCAUCACAGAAUUGUCAGCACCCUUCCAACAUGUCUGGCUGAAAUAACCAGUCAUUUUACUGACAAGCUAACUGAACUAGAUUUUGAAAACUUGAAGGUGACUUUUGAUUUCUACUGCUUAACGUUGCGUGUAGACCUUGAACAGUACAAUGAUAGGCCACCAAAAGCAGACAACAGAUCAGUAUAUUCUGAGACUGAGGAGGAAUCAUGUAUGAAAGGUUUCCAACACCAUCAUCUAUUCAAUAUUUUACCAAAGUCUUACCAUGAAGCUGUUAUGGAUUGUAAACAUGAAAUUGAAUGGUUACUGCGAGAUGAGAUUGCCUGUGCCCUCCGUUACGUUUUCCCAAUCACAGAGGACAAGCUUCAGAAUGUCACUGAGCAUGUGCAGGAAUCCGUGCAACUGGGCAAAUCAUCUUGUUACAUUGAAGAAGUGUUUCCACAAUUUGUCUUUGGAAGUGACCAAUGUUUGGAGAGUUUUAUUGAAGAACUGAAGCGAGUGAGCAUCAAGAAUUACCGAUUAAAAAGAGAAGGGAUGUUUUUUUACUUGGUGCUGACCAGAGAAAUGGCCGCCCAUUAUAAGGCUCUUAGCUCAGCUGUUAGGUCAUUGGAUGAUGACUCACAGACACCAGAGAAAUGUACUAAAAAGUCAAUAAGUGAAGAAAGCAGGAGCAGGCAUCCUAGCUCCCAGAAAAACUUAUCUCGGGAUUAUCCUCAAGAAUGGAGAGGAAGUCCAACAAAGCUGAUUGAUAAACGAGAAGUUGCUGAUGUUUCCAUUCAUCUGACCAAUGAAAAAGGACAGAAGGAAGUUUGUUGUUUGUCUCCUGAACGCGUAGCACUACUCAAUAAAGUGGACACCCAGAGUUUACUGAGUGACUUCGAUGAAGGAGUGUUGAAACGCUCAUCCAGCUUUGGAGGCUUUGAUGCAGAGGGCAGUCGGCGAGCUCAGUAUCGGACUGUUGCAGGGUCAGAUAAAUCUUUGUCAACCAUUGAGUCUGCCUCAGCUACAUCAACUUCAGUUGCCAUGACAACAUCUGUUGCCAAACACUUAACGAACUCACCGGCAGCUCAACUAGCAUCCCGAGCCAGGCAUUUUUCUGCCCCAACAGCUGCACAGAGAAAUGCUAUGGGUGCCUACAGCCAGCCUUCUACUAUGCCUGCCACACCAUCUUGGAUAUCUUCACGUGGUAGUUACACAGAAGAAGCUGGUUAUGAAGGGGACUCAAGUGACUCUAACAAUGAUGAUGGAGCUUUCUUUAAUGACACUGGUGGACAACGAUCAUCCAUGCCAAACUUUUGGUUAAUAUUACGUGUAGAAGCCAAAAAAGUCACAAUAUAUUAUCAUUCUCGGAAAUACAAAGAUUUGUGCGUCACCCAGAAUGUGAAGCAGUUAGUAACUGAUGUCAGUGAAAUUGUCAUGGAUACCUGCAAGCGGGUGAACCAAUUGUUUCUGCUUCAUGAUCUCUACACAACGCACAGCUGUAAUGUGUUACUUGUCCCUGAAGCAGAUGAAGAUGUCUGCUGGACUAAAGAUAGAUAUGCAGGCCGAACAGAUCCAGAAGAUGAAGAAGAGGAUGAUGAACAACAAAAUUAUGGCUAUUUAGCAGAUACACGUAGUUUUUUGCCUGGGCAUUUUGCUUGUAAAUGUAUAUGGGAAUCCCAUUUUCAGUUGCAUCCCCGUUUGAAGAAUUGUGCACCACGGAGCAAUGUUUCUACUGGUAUGCAUGCCCUGCGGUCUGUGUUGCACAAAUUUUCUGUGAAUAACAGAAAAAAUAUGUUUGUUAUCAAGGAUAAAUUAGACAAUUAUUUCUAUGUAAGAUUAAAUGAAGGUAAACUAAGUUGCAGCUCUGAUGAUUUGGGAAACAGUCGGCAGGAUUAUGACUGCUCAUUUUCAGAUUACACAACAGUUUCACCAAUCCUUAAUUCAAAGAGAGAUGAUGAUGAGGAAUCUUCCCGGUCACUUCGAGAUGUCGAUUCAUUAUCUGUAUCCUCUUUGGGAAGUUAUGCUGGUAAACGUGCAGAGGAAUGUAUAGUGAUGUGCAUUCAUGGCAUUACACAAGCAGGAGCUGAAAUGAAAGAAAACCUCAUAAAAAUGCUGCAAAACAAACUUGAUGAUAAAGUAUUGGACAUCAUUUCUGUGAUGCUAGACAGGAAUCCUAAAUGUAAACUCAGUUUCCAAGAUGUCAGGUUCAUUCAAAGAUAUAAAGAAAAACCCAAAGAUACCAUCUAUCUAACUGUUCCUAGCAGCAGUUCAAAACACUUAUUUGCACUGAGUUACUAUCUGAAACAGAACUUGUUACACUUUGUCAAUAUACCAAAUUAUGUAGAUAAUCACCCAUCGAAACACUUUAUUGACUAUGCAAGCAGUGAACAUCAAGAAUUAAAAGAAAACCAAGUGUUUCUAUACCAUCGACCUAGUUCCUCAGGAAGCAAAGGAAUUGCAUGUAUUGCAAUGGCAUUUGUUGAUGAACAUGAACAAGAAAUCAAAUUUACUGGAUGCCAGAAACCUCUGCAGCUCGUUUACGAUGACAUGGUUCCACCUGAAAAAUACCUUUCCCUCAUAGAGUCAGCACUACUUGAAAAAUUACCAGCACCAAGAACCGGUUUAAAUCGUUAUAUUCGUUUUCGAAUAUGGCAACGUGGCAAUGCUGAUGUACACAAUUUACGGGAGAAACUUCACACGUCAGUACAGUGUGCUUUGUGUGAUGUUAUUUCUGAGUUCAAGCUGCUGAAUUUUCCUAUCUGCCAGGCCUCUCAUGAUUUGCUGCCAUCUUUCUCUGAACCUUGUUCUCCAUCGGUUGUAAAAGUGAGAGAAAACGAAGAGAAAUUACAAGUCGCUUCCAGGAAGUUAACUAUUCAGUCCAAGUUAUCUGCUAAAUCCCUUUUCAAGGAUAAGUCAAAGCCACCAAUUUCAACACCUUCCUCAAAAGACACGACAAAGGGGUCAGAGACUUCAUGGAAUACAUCAGCUAGCAGUAAUGAGAGCCCUAGUUCUCAGUAUAGUAGCUUUCAGCACAAGGUCAAAGAUCAACCUCACAUGUUCUUUCAGUAUGAAAGUGGCGAGAAAGGUUUUCUUCACCCAGUAUUUUGGACAUCUCUUCCACACUGGUUAGAUUUCUGCUUUAAUUUAGCUGUUCCAGCUGUUACCAAAAUUGAAUUGGAACUUCAAGCUCGACUUUCAAUUGAGUUCCUACUAAGAGAAUUGCCAAACCAAUUUGCAACAGUUGCACGGGACAUCAACAUAAGAAUAUUUAAACUAGUGCAAGACUCCCCACAAGACGAAAUUCUGAUUGGGGUGCCAUAUUCCAUAAUACGCAGCAGUGCAUGGUACUUCUCUGUAUUGUCUAAAAGAGGCAGCAUGGACACAACAUUUGAUGUUGACUGGAAUAAUAAAGCCCCACCAGGAAAACAGCAAACAUUUUUGGUAAUUGGCCGUAACGUUGAAGAGUGGUCAGCUUCUGUUGACCACUCUGGAGGAAGUGAUGGAAAUGAUGACAACCUCUUUGGACAUUCUCAUCGAGCAACACAUCGAGAAUUCCGGUUCCAUCCAUAUGUUCCCGGUAGUUGCAACAGUAGCUUAGAUAAAGGAUCUGAGGGAUCCCCUACAGAGACAAAAUAUAAUUUGUUUGCACCCCGGCAACGAUUACUCUUAUUACAGAUCAAUGACAAAAAGAUGACAUUUUUUACAUACAACAUAGCAGCCGAUAUGACAGAAUCUUUUAACAAGCUCCUGAAAAACAUGGUCCACUGGCAGAAUGCCCGAGCUCAUGUAUUGGAUUGUUUGGUCACCCAGAAAAUGGGACUGUAUCACCACCAAUCUUUUGGUGAUUCCCCUGCCUUAAAACAAAAUCCUUACACACAAUCUAAUAUGGAUGUUGACCUACUUUUGAUGAAAACACACCUGCCAAAAGAUGGUCUGAAGCGGAACAACAGCAGCUUGUCAGGAACUAUGCCAUAUCCCCAGAUCACACGUCCGUUCGAUGAAAUUUACCGCAAUCUGAAACCUGCACACCCUUUGCAGAAUUCUCCACGCAAAUUUGAUAUUGUUCUACAACAUGGUCAACAAGCUCAAGAAAUCCGAACCAAUUAUGGCAGAGAUAUUGAUAAAGUGUUCAAGCUGAAAGAAUUACAUGCUAUGUGGUUUUCAAAGAACUGGGCACCAAUAUCAGAGGACAUAGUGCAUUUGCUGAAACAGUCAACACGGCUCUUGCACUAUUGUGCCACACCACUGCUAUUUUCUCCAGCUUGGCGUAAAGAAGUCCUCAGGAGAGUACCUUCCAAAAAACCAGAGCUAACGUCAGCUUCAUUUGUGCAAGAGAAAACCGAAACCAAAGCAGCUACAGUCACCAAAAGUCGUUCCCGACAUAGUUCUGGAGCAUCAAUAGCCAGUUUGCUCUCCAAACGGCAUGAAACCAGUCAAGAGGGCAAGAAGAAAGACCGCUUCUCUCAAGACAGCAUGGAGUCUCCUCAACAAAAGAACUCCUCCAUUGAAUCUACUCAAGAGGAAGAAGACUGGCAUAAAGAGAUUCGCAAGAAGUUUCUUUCUCAAUAUAUGCAACAUCUUCAGUCCCUGGGGUUUUUCCCCAUCCAAACUCGGCCUGCUUCUCCAAAACGAAACAACAAUCGUCAGCCCUUAAAGAAACUGCCAUCAGACCAGUCACGAAACUCCCGAGACGAUGCAGAAAAACAAAAGAAAGAAGUGUAUGACAUGCAAAAGACACUGCCGGGUGGCAUGAUUCUAAUGGAACUCAGUUUCAGUGACCAACAUUACUAUGUUAAACUGUAUGGUUAUGACUGCUCUCGAAUGGGAACUAACGUCAAUUCUCAGUUGCGUCUCUACUUUGUGGAUGAAUGCGACACUUACCGGGCCUUAACCCACGUGCAUUCCUUUGCACAUGACUUCCAUCUGCAGUGCAUCAUGUCUCAUAUAGCUGGAGCGCAAGAUAUUUUCCUUAAAGAUUAUCAUCUCACUAACUUCCUAUUGGAUUUUCUUGAAGUCUAUCCAACACCUCCCAACUUCUCAAGAAAUUAUGUUCACAGAGCUCGUAUCCAACUGACAAACUUGACUUGUCCAAGUGGCCAACUGUAUGACUACAUCCUCAAACAUCCAAACCUGCAUGAUUUCACAGUCAUUCAACAGCAGGCAGCUGCUCACACCGAUUCAGAACUAGAUCUACUACGGUUUGAUUACUGGAAUUGGAAAAAGGAUCUAGGAUUGGUCCAAGAGAAAGAGUAUGCUUUGGUGCUGCAUCGACAUUCUCGAACAUCUGGCGGCAAUAAUGACAACACAGGGGGACAGAACAACGAUGAAUACAACGUUGGCGUCGUUGUGAAGUUAGACACCUUGGGUGGUAGUGGAAGCAGCAGUACUGGGAGCAGUACAGGGGCAGUGGGACAGAAUUCCAGCAAAGAUAACACUGUACUUCAACUGGAGUUCUUCCUUGUCCUCACCAGCAAAUGUGAGCUGUUACCCACACAGAGUUUUGUACAGAAGCUGGGCGGGGCUCUUCGAGCUACCAGUGCAUCAGCGUCGCCGGGUGUUGAAGAAGAAUUUGAUCAGGUCUAUGUGCCAGUUAAACAACAUAUUGGCGUCAGGUCUGAAACUACCAAUAAGACACGUGGCCUCUCUCCAUUCCAUCGCCUGGUUACACGAGAAGUAGAUGCAGCCAAGAGAAAAAUAGAAAGGACAGUUAUGUCAUGCAUGGCCAAAUGCCGCCGAGACAUAUUAUGGGAACGUCUAUUAAAGGGAGGACAAGAAGAAGAUGGGAAGAAGAAGAAGAAAUCUGAAGGAGACGAAGGACUCUUUCGUCUUACAUUUUCUGAAUUUGAAGAACUGAUGUGCAUGGUUGAGUCCUCAUCUUUGAGUGAACUGGAUGAGCGACUUUUACAUUUCACUAACAUGGGUCGCAACUGGUUCAAUACAUUACUUACUUACCUUCCUAGUCGAUAUGGUGACCAGUUUCGACAUUUCGUCAAUGCUGAUGGCAAAAUACAAUGUGCAGUCAUUGUCAGUCCAGACUACUCAGAUACAUGUAUCCAGUUAACUGUAAACAGUGCUGUGGUGAGAGCUGAUUUGAGUCUUUUGAAUCGAGAACCAAGACCAGUCGGUCCUUCACAAUCUCAAGAAGAUGAACAACAUCAAGAAGCUGUACAGAAUCUUGUUGAAAGUUUUAUCGGUGCUUGCUGUUUUCAUCUCUGGAGCAGUAUGCUGUAAUAUGCAGAAAUAUAUUUUUUUUUCAAUAUUUUUUUCCGGCAGGAACAGUAUGCACUGAAAUGCAAUGGUCUGUUCAUCAGAGCAGUAUGUACUGACAUACACUACUAAAAUGAUCAGAGCAGUAUGUACUGACAUACACUAAUAUAUUGAUCAUAGUAGUUUGUACUGAUAUAGACUAGUCUAUUGAUCACAGCUGUAUGCUUAUUUAUUGAUCAGAGCAUUAUGUAUUCACAUAUGCUAAUAUAUUGACCACUGCAGUAUAUACUGACAUGUUAACAUAUUAAUCACUGCAGUAUUUACAGAUAUACACUAUUAUAUUGAUCACAGCAGUAUUUACUGACAUACACUAGUAUAUAAUCACAGCUGUAUGCAUUGAUGUAUACCAAUAUAGUGAUCUGAGCAGUAUGUACUGACAUAUAGUAAUAUAUUGACAACUACAGUAUAUACUGACAUCCACUAAUUUAUUGAUCACAUCAGUAUGUACUGACAUACAGUGAUAAAUUGGUCAUAGCAGUAUGUACUGACAUACAGUGAUAAAUUGGUCAUAAGGUAGUGUAUAUUGAUCACAGGUGUAUAAAUUGACAUACACUGAUCUAUUGAUCAGAACAGUAUGUACUGACAUAUGCUUGUCUGGUUCAUCAGAGCAAUAUGUACUAACAUAUACUAAUACAUUGAUCAGAGCAGUAUGUACUGAUGCACACUAAUAUAUUGAUCAUAGCUGGUAUGUACCAACAUAUACCGGUCUAUUCAUCAGAGUAGCAUGUAGUGACCAUAAUUAAAUGUACUGGCCAAGAUCAAAAGUAUUAUAAAAUAUAUACAUUGUUCAGCUGACUAGAACAAUAUUUGACGAAUGACAUGCACUGGUAUGUUGAUCAGAGCAAUAAACAAAUUAUAGUAAACACAAACAAAACACCAUGACCUGCCCAAGGCUGGCUGAAUGUCGGGGAUUUCGUGCUAGUCUGCAAAAAUGUCCUUAUCCAACAUUCAUGUUUCAGCAGCACCAUGAUUCAAAUGUGAACCAAAUGGAUUUUCAUGUUAAAUAAAUAUUUUUUUUAUUGAGAAACAAUAAAAAAAAAAUGUUUUUUUACAUAAAAAAUCUCUGAAUUUUUUUCCAUAAGCUCAAUCAAGUAUUAAAACAAUAAUGUCAAUGUUAACCUUCACAUUUUGCUAAAUUCACUAUUUACACACUUUUUCUGCAACUACACUGUUUGCUAUGCAGUCUGUGAUUCUAUUUCUCAGUGAUGUUUUUUUUUUAUUUAAAUCACAACAGAAUUGUUAUCUAUGUAUGGAUGUAUAUAUUAUUAUUUGAAAAUA